CCCGCACCCGCUAACACACCGCAGCUGCCGCAGUCUCUGAAGCAGGGAGAGAGCACCCCAAGAUGUGUCGCGGGGUGCUCUGGGUGGCCCUGCCUGUGGCGCUCUCCCUGCUGGUCUGCUCCACGCAGGGGAAGCCACUGGACAGCCGGGUGAGGGCCUCGGCUGGGGGAGAUGCCCACCGCCUGCUAGGAGGGGCCGGAGGUGAGCAGGAACGGGGCACCUUCGACCUGAGGAUGUUCCUGGAAAACAUGAAGGUGGAUUUCUUGCGCAGUCUCAACCUGAGCGGGGUCCCCUCCCAGGACAAAACCCGAGCUGAGCCACCGCAGUACAUGAUUGACCUGUACAACAGAUACACCACUGACAAGACGUCCACCCCCGCGUCCAACAUCGUGCGCAGCUUCAGCGUAGAAGAUGCUGUCUCUGUCGCAGCCACAGAAGACUUCCCUUUCCAGAAACACAUCUUGCUCUUCAAUAUCUCUGUUCCCAGGCAUGAGCAGAUCACCAGGGCUGAGCUCCGUCUCUACCUCUCUUGUCAAAGUCACAUGGAUGCCUCCCAUGAGCUGAAAGGAAACAUGAUCAUCUAUGAUGUUCUGGACGGAGCCUGGGAUGCUUCUGAGGGAACCAAGACCUUCUUGGUGUCCCAGGACAUCCGGGAUGAGGGCUGGGAGACCUUUGAGGUGUCCAGUGCUGUGAAGCGGUGGGCCCGGGCUGACUCCACCAAGAGCAAAAAUAAACUGGAAGUGACAGUCGAGAGUCACAGGAAAGGCUGCGACAAGCUAGAUAUCAGUGUCCCCCCAGGCUCCAAAAACCUGCCCUUCUUUGUCGUCUUCUCCAAUGACCGUAGCAACGGAACCAAGGAGACCACGCUAGAGCUCAGGGAGAUGAUCAGCCAUGAGCAGGAAAGUGUGCUCAAGAAGCUGUCUAGGAACAGCCUGUUGGAGGCAGGUGAGGAUAAGGAUGGGGAGGAGGAGGGCAUGGAAGGCCACGUGGCCAUGGGGUCAUCUCUGGCCAGACGGAAGAGGAGCGCUGGGGCCAACAACCACUGUCAGAAGACCUCGCUGCGGGUGAACUUCGAGGACAUCGGCUGGGACAGCUGGAUCAUCGCGCCCAAGGAGUACGACGCCUAUGAAUGUAAAGGUGGCUGCUUCUUCCCCCUGGCUGAUGAUGUGACCCCCACAAAACACGCCAUUGUGCAGACCCUGGUGCAUCUCAAGUUUCCCAUGAAGGUGGGCAAGGCCUGCUGUGUGCCCACCAAACUGAGUCCCAUUUCCAUUCUCUACAAGGAUGACAUGGGGGUUCCCACACUCAAGUACCACUAUGAAGGAAUGAGCGUGGCAGAGUGUGGGUGCAGGUAGUGCCAGCCCGGGGGUGGGGGAGGCAGGGCAGAGGGGGGUCCUAAGGAGAAGUCCUGUGUCUCCCUGGGCAUGACGGGGACUAAGCCCCCCUGCAUGCCAGCCUUGAGAAGGAAGGAGAGCCACCAGGUCCUCGAGGUAAAGGCCUGCUCACCCUCUCAAUGGCCCACCCCAUACACACACCACUGGGUGGAACUGCAGGGGAGGGGAUGGUAGUGGGC